GCGGGCAGUAUUUGAAGAUGGCCCUGAACUACGUGUCCCUGUCCGCCGGCGACCAAGCGAACAGCGUGGCCUACCGCUCCUCCCACGGCGACCUCAGCCCGUCGGCCUUGGCGUUGGCGAUGAUCUCUGGAGACAGCUUCCUCGUUGCCGGGCGGGAGGCGACUCCUCCGGGACCUGCUCCUCGGCAGGCGGGGCGGCCAAGCGUUCGUCUCGAGCGCAGUCGGGCGGCUGGUGGCGGUCGGAGCCCAACCCGCGUUAUAAAGGGAAGGGAACCGGAUGGGCGGAACCGAAGCCGCCAAGCCAGAUUCUCACCUUACCCGACCCCCGGGGUUAAACUGGAUCUCCUACGGAGUGUGCUGCAACAGCGUCUGAUUGCAUUCGGAGGUGUUUUCACAGCCCGUCUGUCGGCUUAAAGCCAGUACCUCCCUGUGCCCCCCAAUUAGGUUGUGAACAAGGCCUCUCUCAAAUGCUUUCUUGGUGCAACUGCUGUCUUAUUUUUAAAAGAAUGUAUUUCAUUUUAAUAUAAGAAUACGUAGGAGUCCAGUUACGAUCGCCCAGCACAAGGGAAAUUUUUACUAUUGCGUAAUUCAGAUGGUUUUAAGCGGCCGGAAUGAUUAGUUCAGGAAGCAGAUAGAAGAGAUUUUCUCUUAAGUAGUCACAAAGCUGAGCUAAGGGGACCACCCUUCCCAGAGGUCAGCGAUCCUUUUAUUCACCCUUUGUGCACUCCAUUCCAACAGUGGAUCGAAGUUUCUCUGCUUUCCACAAGUCUUCCCUCCCUGCCGGAUUCUCCUACUUGAAGAUUAGUAUUUCAAGCUUCCUUAGCUGCCUACGUUUCUACUUCAGACGAUUCCCUUUACCUUUACUUUUGUUGGUGAAAGGAAAGGCUUCUUUUUACUACCGUGGCUUGUCCUUGCAUCUGUGGCCCAACACUUAUCCUAUCAUCUUGUGCUCAACACUUACGCUCUUCCGUCUUCCUUCUCCCUCCUUCACUUUUUAUUCAGGAAUAUCUACAAACUUGAAUCUCAACCGUACUAAAAACAGCAAAAGCAAAACCUAAACCUUUGUACUCUUUCAAAUUAUUAAACCAGUUUAUAUUUCUUUCUUUGCCAAAGGCUCCAAAUGGAUUUUUACACUUAUAUUUGUCGGUUUAUUUGCAUUAAAUCCCAGCUUCCUUAGUCUGAAUCUGUUGUCCCAAAAUACACAAAAAUUGGAAACCUUAGUCUUACAGUCUCCUAUCAGGAAGCUGUUUAUCUGUUCACUUGAGCAUCUUCCUUGAACUUUCUUGUUUGUCUUUACUCAUUCAACAGUAUUUGAAGAUCUUCUCAGUGGUAAGCACUGUGGAUGAACUUUACACCGUCCUGCCAUCAAGGAGAUCAAGAAGUGUAUUCUAAAUGGAGAGGCUAAGAAGUCGAUAGGUAAUCACCACACUGGACUGUUCGUUAGGAGCAGUCAUAAGAAUAAGUCCUGAUUGCAAUGGCUUUCCAUGAUACUUCACUAUCCUGGUUCUUUUACCUGGCUGAUCGCUUCUUAUUUGCUAAUAUUUUUGUUUUCUUAACGAUACAUUCCCCAAGGUUUACAGAGUGGUUUUCGGAGAAAGUUAGUGGGUUUGGUAAAUACCACCUCUUCAUGUAAGCAAGUAAACUAGCUUUUUCCCAGUGAACUCUUGUCUGUAAUUAUGUUCAGAUAAAGCAGAAUUGCCACACACCACGCAGAAUUGAAUUGUUAAAACUACGUCUUAAGAAGAAUGUUGGUAAACCAGAGAACUUCCAUAAGACAGUGAUUAAUAUAGUGAGAGGUCUGGAAACCAGGUCUUAGGAAAAAUAUUUGAAAGAAUAAUAAUAGCUACCUUUUAUUGAGUGCUAUGUGCAAGGCAAUGUGCUAGGGGCUUUUAUUCAUUGUUUAUUCAGAUAUUUAUUGAGAACUGUAAUCUGUGCCUGCUGCUACCUGUGUUCGGCACUUGGAAUAAAGUGGCAAACAAAAUGAAUAAGUGUCUGCUUUACGGAGCUUUAUAUAUGUCAUUUAAUUCUCAAAAGAGCCCAUAAGAGAGAUUUUAUACUUUCAUUUUAUUGCUGAGAAACAGGUACCAAGAGAUGACGUAAACUGUCUCAAGUCGUACAGCUAGUAAAUGAUAGAGCCUUGGAGCUUUUCAACCCAUGGUUUCUCAUUUGAACCAUGCAAUACGAAAAAUGAUUUGAGUGACUGUUUUCUCGAUUUUCCCAAGGAUACUCUAUAACUAAUACUAUUCUAGAUAUUUAAAAAGAAGUUAAUUUGUAGUAUAUGAUGAUGCCUUAGGCUGGGCAUUACAAUAACCCGUGGUUGAGAAAGGAACUUGCUCGCAAGACAGUUGAGCCUCUAACCAUCACAAGUUCAAUUACUCUUCCCUCCUGUAGGACCUUCCUCCCUCCUUCCCUUAGAGUUUUAGACUGGGCAAGAGUCUAAAAAAAAUUAAGGCUGAACAUAAGAAGGAUUUUCGUAAAACUUAGAGAUGCCUGAUAGUGGCAAAUACCACCUCACAAGGUAAUGAAUUAACUGCACAAAGUUGAGACAGAAGCUAAAUCCUGUCACGUGUGAAAUAGGAUUAGAUGAUGUCAGUUCCUUCCCAUUUAACCUGUAAUUCUGUAAUUUAAAAAAUAAACUUGGUUAAAAUUGGAAAUAGAGAAUUGGGAGAUGAGAAAAAUGAAGUGUGAUACAUAGAUGACCAUAUUUACUGUGCAAGCCAGGACUCUUGAGAGCAGAAGAGGGGCUAUCAAUUCUAAGGCAUAAAGAGGGGCUGUCCCAGACACUAUAACCCAGAGAGAUGAUAACAGCAUUAAAUUCGCCUUUGAAGCAUAUUCCUUAGCUUCAGGGAAAGGAGGCUGAGGUUUGUAAAUGAAGGAACAAAAGUGUGGCAUGAAAGGGUGUGAGAGGAAGAGAGGACCCAGUAGGAGUGACUUCAUUUCUGUUUGUUCUGGCAUGGGGUCAUCAGGAGUGGGGCUUUGAUUGAAUAAUAGUGUAUAUGUGCCAGAAAAAAAGAAAAGGGUGUGAAAAAUGAAAAUUAUUGUGUUUGGUUUUGUUUGACAGGAGGAGAACCGUGUUCACAUAAAUGCUCCAUCAUUUUAAAUCUGAGCCAAUGGAUGUCUAAAUUCUCCUUGCUCUUAACAUCUGCACUAGUGUCCAAGUUACAACGUUUUCCUAGAGUCACAAAAAUUGUAUUGUGGAAGCAGGAACCAACAUAAACCUCUUUCA